AUGAGCGUGGGUCAGCGGGCAAAGAUGACCAUCUCCCCAGAUUACGCCUAUGGCUCCACCGGGCACCCAGGGAUCAUCCCACCCAACGCCACUCUAAUUUUUGACGUGGAGCUCAUGAAAUUGGAAUGACCUACCCCAGCACCCUGUCCUCGGGUUUGGCACAUGGAGGAAUCCAGAAUCUCAGCUUCAAGAAGAGUGCACAUGACUUUGAACGGAGCUUUUCCUGAUAGCCCACUACACAUUGUAUAACCUUACACCUUGAUUGAAUGCCUUUGGUCACUAAGCUUUGCGUCUGACUCUUCCUCCUUGUAUCGUGUUUUUAUGUCUUUUUAAACUCUACGCCGUAAA